UCGCUGCAUUCAACGUACUGCCGGGCGUGGCUACCCCGUGCACGUAUGCACUUGUUCCACGCACUCCGCCUCGACUCACACGUCGCCCUCCGCAAGACGCGCGCGCUGUUGUGCGAUCCGACAUCCACAGUCCUUCCCUAUGUGCGACAUUUCCACUUGCUUGAAGGCCGGAGCGGUCGCCUCCACACCCGGCCGCCCUGGCUCGACAACACGCUGCCGUGCAUGCGGUUCCAGGACCUCACUGCCCUUCGAUGCCUCGAACUAUCCAAUGUGUGGUGGCAGGCCCUGUCGAGGGAGUCGCGCGCCUGCCUCCGUGCUGCCUGCCAGCCCAUCCGUUGUCUUAUUCUCUGGGAUCUGCAAUUGACCGACGCGCUACGGCCAGUCUUUGAUAUCAUAUCGGCGGCGCCGUUGCUGGAGCACUUGGAAGUGCUGAGCGCCGGGUACCCCAGGAAGGAUGACAGGCUGACAAUUGCCAGCCUCCGCUCACUACCGUCUCAUAAAUGGCGGAUGCCGGACACGCUAAGUAGUCUGGACAUCGAGAGUGAGCUCUCGGGGUUCUUUGUCGCCCUCGGACAUUUCACCCCCGAAUUGCAUGUGCGCACGUUGUCCGUGAAGUUUGUCGACAGGGAGCAUGCAAGCAAUGUGGCGGCGUUCGUGCAGUCGUGUGGAUCAAGUCCGAUGGAGCACGUCAACGUCUCCUUUGCCGACUCUCCUGACCCGGACUCGGCGCCCUCUGCAGCAGACAUAUUUUGCAAUUCUGGUGGCUUCUCGAAAAACACCUCACUCUGCACGUUGCAGCUAGAUGUGAACGCUGUGUCGGUAGUGCCGAUUCUUCGGAGCAUCUCAUCCACUACCAUGAAGAAAGGCCUCUUUGGCAUCACGCCGCAGACUCUCUGCAUGUUGGACCUCGACGGACUGGCAUCGCUACUCCGCACCGGACCGUUAGAAUCAACCAGGAUAGAGAUCAUCGGAUUUGAAUCAUUUGAUGCCGAAAUCCGACCUCUCAUCGACGCCCGGGAUACGUUGUAUCGUCGCCUCGACUCGUUGAGGGCAGAGGGUCGACUCGAGUUUACUCGGGCUGGGGGGUACAGCAUGGAGGUUUCCGCUCCUCGCGGGUUCUACGCUUCGUUUGCUCUCCGCUUCCCGGAUCUGUCGCUGCCCUACAAAUGAUGAUGAUGAUGAGUACUUUGGCAUCAACGUUGGGGUAGAUCGCAGAGGAUUCAGGCGCAGGCGACAUGGGUUGGGCGCGACG